CGGACAGGACUUUUUUUUUAGUUCGCGAAUCACACUGCCUCUCUUGUCAGACUUAAGUCUAAACUGAAGCAGUCCCUGAACUUAUUCAUGUCGAGCUGAGUGACGAUCAGACUGCACAAUCUUACCAACUGUUCACAAAAUGAAAUGUUGAGAAACAUUUGAUGGCAAGUGACAAAACAAAAGACUGGUAGUCUGCAAGAAUGAAAAGUAGACGUGCUGUCGUACAUUGGUUAAGAUGCAAGUUCUACGUGUCCGUCGUGUCAUUAUUUGUCGUGCUGAAGCUGGUUUAUUUCAAGUUUUCAAUGGACAGCAGUAUCUACAUCGGGCCCUAUCAGCCUACACAUAUAUUAUCCAAAGCUCAACCUCUGGAUGGCAUUAACUGCACAGACAUUUAUCAUCUGGAACCGGUGGAAAUUGGCAAGUCAUUGGAGAUAAGACGCAAAACAAUUGUGGAAAUUGAUGACGAGAGUGUUGUUUCUUUCACUGCGGACUGCAAGAAAUACACAGAACAGAGGGGCUAUAAUGACAUCCAUGUAACCAAAGAGGAAUGGAGCUUUCCACUUGCGUACUCUUUAGUGGUGCACAAGAACAGCGCAAUGGUGGAAAGGAUUCUUCGAGCCAUAUACGCACCGCAGAACAUUUACUGCAUCCAUUACGACCAGAAAUCCUCAAAAAGUUUUAUAGAAGCAUUGAAGAACUUGGCGAAAUGUUUGCCCAAUGUAUUCAUAGCCUCUAAACUUGAGUCAGUUCAGUAUGCACACAUUUCAAGACUCAAUGCAGAUCUCAACUGCCUUUCAGACCUGCUGAGCUCAGAGGUCAAAUGGAGGUAUGUUAUCAAUUUGUGUGGCCAAGACUUCCCACUCAAAUCCAAUUACGAGCUGGUGACUGAGCUCAGGAAACUGAAUGGUACAAACAUGCUUGAAUCAAGCCGGCCUAGUGAACUGAAAAAGAAGCGAUUCCAGUUUCAAUAUGAACUUAAAGAUGUAUUUUCUGAGUACCAGAAAAUGCCUGUUAUAACCUCAAAAGAUAAAGACCCACCACCACAUGGCAUUGAGAUGUUUGUUGGGAGUGCUUACUUUGUCUUGACACAUGACUUUGUGAGAUAUAUUAUGACCAAUCAACUGGCAAAAGACUUUCUGCAGUGGUCAGCUGACACAUAUUCUCCCGAUGAGCACUUUUGGGCAACGAUGACCAGAGUGCCUGGAGUUCCUGGGGAGAUCCUCAGAUCUGAGCCUGAUGUUACAGACCUAAAGAGUAAGACACGUUUGGUAAAAUGGAACUAUCUGGAAGGAUAUCUGUAUCCACAAUGCACUGGCACACACAGGCGCAGUGUUUGCAUCUAUGGUGCCGCAGAGCUCCGUUGGCUUCUGGACUAUGGCCACUGGUUUGCAAACAAGUUUGAUCCCAAAAUCGACCCUGUCAUUAUUAAAUGUCUCGAAGAGAAACUUGACGAGAAACGUGUUCAACAUUGCCCAAACAGAGACUCUUAAAAAUAUGGGCAUUUUGUUAUUUAUUCUGCUUUGUGUUGAUUGAAACAUGUAUGUUUGCUGUUGACUUAGGUCCAUUCAGAAAACCAACUGUGGGAAAGGUUUGCUGGAUUUCUGAGUCUGACCUGUUACCUUAGAUUUCCAUGUUGUCAUCCACUCCAUAUGCAGAGUCAGUAUAAAUGCAUUUAUUUCACAUUUGGAAGUGCCUUUCUGCUUUAGCUUUGUUACUCUGCCCCAAAUUUUUUUUUUAUUUAUAUGUGCCUUAGCUAUGAAAUAACUCAUUUUAAUUGAUUCAUUCUAAUACUGUAAGUUACAUGGAGUCCCUCUAGCUUUAUUGAAUCAGUUUAGAUGGGAACUUUUUUAGGGCUUCAGCAGUGAGGGUUGUGCUUGAUUGUGUGUUUCUUUCAUAUGCAAAGAAUUAUUACUCGCCUUCAAAGUAAAAAUACUGUAUGUGUAAUGAAUUGAUAGCAAUAUCUACCAAAGUUUCUCUCUUUUUAAGUGUAAUACACUUGGAUUUCUGAAUAGUAAUUUCCAUGGUGAUGCUGUGUCAUUUUAUAAAUUAAAAUAAUUGACAAUCUCUACUGUACUGUCUGGUCAUUGUUUACUUUAUCAAAUAAAUUCAGCUAUUGUAA